GGCCCAGAGGAAGCCACAGAGCCUAGUGUCACGGUUGUUUUAUGGGUGUAACCUCUUUUACUGUACUGAGCCAUGGGCUAGCAGGCUACCAUAUACGGAAAAGAAUGACAUGCGGCCAUAGAGGUGCAACUGAUUUGUUUCUCGUCCCCUAGACAGCCAAGAUUUCACUACAUUUCGCUCAGCGAUUCGUCUGUGGAUGUGUUUGAGACUAAGCCAGGCAGGCUUGUGAAAGGUGCGCAGUCCUGGAUGCCGCUGAGAGAGUGCCGGCAUUGCACCAUACCGUCACACAACUGAGAAGACUACACGAUUUAUUCACUCUGUGGUUUGAUGUCCACAUCAUAGAAAUAGAUGGGGAGUAACGAAAGUUUCACGGUCAGACAAGUAAAGUUUUAUAAAUUAUAGUUGUUUUGUUGUUUGUGCUGUUCUGUUUUUUUUUAAUGUCUUUUGAGACUUGAGAGUGGCUGUGCUCUGGUUGAACUUUUCAGCAUGCUUGCGAGUUAAAAGCAACCAGUGCUUUAAAUAUUUCAUUUGAAUGUGGCAAGGCAGUGGGUUUGCAUACAUUCAGCGACUAAAUGCUGUAGCUAUGGUUACACCUGGUAUGUAAAUAAGGUUUUCUUUCAACAAAAAGAAGGAUGAAAACAACUGCAACAUAUUUUGUACCUAACAAUUCUCAAAAAAUCACAGAAAGUAAAUAUGUUAACAUUACUAAUGUAUGGAUACAUUAUAGCAAAUCAGACCAAAGGUAACAUUAAAGCAGGUGAGUCUCUCUCUGUAUAUCUCUCCUCCCUCCCCCCUGGUGUGUGUGUGUGUGUGUGUGUGUGUGUGUUUAGACAGGGAGGGGCAAGGUAACAGAUUAGUCUCUUUUUCAGGAAACGCUCUGAUGUUGCUGAUUCAUUAUGUAAGGGUCUCACUCUUACGCUGACAGUCAAUACAAACUCUCAUUCCUACUCACAUCUUCCAUCACUGGGAACUAAACACAACACUAUCUGCACGAGACUGCAAGACACUGCACACAGUUUGGUCGUGAAACGCUGAAAGUCAAAACCCACAGCCGCCAACAUGGACAAGUUCCGCAUGAUGUUCCAGUUCCUGCAGUCCAACCAGGAGUCCUUCAUGAACGGCAUCUGCGGCAUCAUGGCGCUCGCCGCCGCCCAGCUCUACUCGGCCUUCGAGUUCACCUGCCCGUGCCUGCCGGAGCACAACUACGCCUACGGUAUCGGCGUCCUGCUGGUGCCGCCGGUCUGGUUCUUCAUGCUGGGCUUCGUCCUCAACAACAACGUGUCCAUGCUGGCCGAGGAGUGGCGCCGGCCCCUGGGCAAGCGGGGCAAGGACCCCACCGUCCUGCGCUACAUGUUCUGCUCCGUCUCGCAGCGCGCGCUCAUCGCUCCCGUCGUGUGGAUCUCCGUGACGCUCAUGGACGGGAAGAGCUUCCUGUGCGCCUACUCCCUGGACCUGGACGGCGGGCGCUUCACCAGCCCGGGGUUCAGCUUUGAGAACAACGCCAGUGUGAGCCAGGAGGACCUGACGAGGAUGAUGGCCAAGAUCCCAUGCAAAGAAAUAUAUGAUGGCGGACACAUGGUGGUGAGAGAGGCUGUUACCAGAUACCUGCGAUGCGUGUCACAGGCGUUUGGCUGGCUCUUUCUGCUCCUCAUCACCUUCGCGGCCUUCAUGAUCCGUGCCAUCAGGCCCUGCUUCACCCAGGCCGCCUUCCUCAAGACCAAGUACUGGUCGCACUACAUCGACAUUGAGCGGAAGAUGUUCGACGAGACGUGCACGGAGCACGCCAAGAGCUUCGCCAAAGUCUGCAUCCAGCAGUAUUUCGAGAGCAUCAGCGGUGAGUUGCCCAGCCCCCACGGGCACCGGCCGCACCGCAGUGACGGUGAUGACGACAGUGACGAUGAGGAGAAGCACCUGAGCGACGAGGACAAGCUGCUGGGCAUCCGCGCGCAGGACGACAUGAACCGGGUGCUGUGGAACUGGCACACGUGCAAGCCGCCGCUCAGCCUGAGGAGGGACGGCCCGGACGGGGAUCCCGGAAACGAGCACGUGAACGGCAGUGCCCACUACGUGCAGAUGAAGGAGAUGGCGGAGUACACCAGCACAGUGUGACAAUGUGUAAUGAUCAUUUGGGUAAUUCCAUGUAAUUCCAACUAUGGGUAUCCACCACUCCGAGAUUACAUGUCCCAAAAUGUUUCCUAUUCUCAAAACUAUCUGAUAUACAUAAAAUGUUCCCUGACAUAAAAAUGAUACUAGAAAUGACCCUUGUUACAAAGUGCAUUAAAAGCAUUUUUUAUUAUUUUUAUUUAUUUUCUUCUCACCGACCCAGAUAUUUGAUAUGUCAUCUCUAUUUGUCAAGGGAAAAAUAUCAGCCAAUUCUGAGAUGGUGUGGUGGAAAGAUAUUCCCAAUUUGGUAGAAAUGGAAUGACCCAUUUGCUCUUUUACAAAUGAUACUGUUUACUUUUUAUUGUUUAUUUAUUACACAGUCGCUACGUUAAAGCACACUGAAAUAUUUUAUGUUGAUACCUGGUCUUGUGUAAUUGUUCUUUUUGCGUAUAAUAAACCCACCUAAACUUGGAUUGUAUUGGUUAGAGUAACCUCAUCCUGUGAAUAUGACAUCAGGUUGUUGGGUGUUGGCUGCCGCAAUGACAAACAAUCUUUUGCUUCACUUCUCUCAGUCUGCCUUGUGUUAGAACAAAAGAGCCCGUUAGGCUUGUCAACACAGCUUCACAAUCACAGCAGCAGCUCUGAUCAAAGCUACUGCUCCACUACCAUCUGGACAUCAGAGUCUCUCUUUCAUAGGUGCCUCGCCCUGGGUACAAACAAAUUCUCCUGGUCCUCAACUUAAUCUAAUUUCCUUAAUCGUCUCUUGCAAAUGUAGGGAUCAAAAUAUUGUCUAGCACUGUGAUUUCCAUGAGGGCAUGAAGCUAAGUCAGUCUAUUUACGUCUUGCGUAUCGACAGUCUCUCCCUUCUGGAAAAACAGGAGAACAAGUGGCCACUACUCCAUUGAACCACUGUAUGAAUCAAUUCAAGUGACCUCUGAACCCACCAGCCUUUCAUGCAGACAUUUUACACAUUAAGGUGCAAGAUGAGCCGGGUAGGUUGACCCACCACCUGUAUCUCGGCAACCAUACACAAUUUGUGUCACAUGACCCUAAAUUUAGUUUGAAAAA